CACGCGGGGCGGGGCUCCAAAGGCCGCGGGAUCUGCAGUUCGGACUCCCCGCGCCACUGUCGCUGCAGUUCCUUCCACUCUGGUGGCCCCGCGGCCCUGCGGGGAGUCCGGGGGUCGCCUGGACACUCGGACUUGGUGCAGGGCCGGCCCCGCCUCUCCCUUCUUCAGUGGGGUCUAGACGGUCGGGGCCGCGGUGACAUGGAGCCCUCUCCUGCCACGGGGGGCUCGGAGACCACUCGCCUGCCCCGGCUGGCCGCCCCAGCGCACCGCAACUCCCUCCGCUUCUCGGCGCCCCUCUCCGUCCUCUCCGGCUACAUAGCCAGCGCCCCCUGACCCUGCCAGCAGCCUGCUUUGCCUCCUCCCGGCCACCUUCUUUUUCUCGGUCCCGCAAAACCGUUCCCCGGCGAGUCCCCCAAGCCUCCGGACCCUUCUGCCGCCCUCGCCGCAUCUGACUUCUCCGCGAACUACUGCUCCUCCGUCGGGCUGGAGUCCGCGCCAGUCUCUUCGCAGAGCCCUCGGAGCCCCUCCCCGAGGAGCCCAAGCCUGUGGAGAUGCCAUCCCACCACUGCCACAGGGACCCCCUGCCACAGCCCGGCCUCACCCCCGAGAGGCUGCAGGCGCAGAGGCAGCUGUGUGCCGCCUGUGCUGUGUGCUGCGUCUUCAUGGCCGGGGAGGUGGUCGGUGGGUAUUUGGCGCACAGCCUGGCCAUUAUGACUGACGCGGCCCACCUGCUGGCGGAUGUGGGCAGCAUGAUGGGCAGCCUCUUCUCCCUUUGGCUCUCCACCCGGCCUGCCACCCGCAUCAUGACCUUUGGCUGGCACCGUUCAGAAUGGCCUUUGUGCUGCACCAGGCCGGGCCCCCCCACAGCCACGGGUCUAGGGGGGCAGAGUACGCGCCGCUGGAGGAGGGGCCAGGGGAGCCCCUGCCCCUGGGGAACACCAGUGUCCGGGCAGCCUUUGUGCAUGUGCUGGGGGACCUCCUGCAGAGCUUUGGGGUACUGGCCGCCUCUGUCCUCAUCUACUUCAAGCCCCAGUACAAGGCAGCUGACCCCAUCAGCACCUUCCUCUUCUCCAUCUGCGCCCUUGGAUCCACAGCUCCCACCCUCCGAGAUGUUCUUCGUGUCCUCAUGGAAGGUUCCCCCCGGAGUGUGGGGUUUGAGCCCGUGCGGGACACACUGUUGUCGGUGCCAGGAGUCCGGGCAACCCACGAGCUGCACCUGUGGUCCCUUACGCUCACUUACCACGUUGCCUCCGCACACCUGGCUAUUGACUCCACGGCUGACCCUGAAGCUGUCCUGGCUGAAGCCACCUCCCAGCUCCACUCGCGGUUUGGAUUCUCCAGCUGUACCCUGCAGGUUGAGCAGUACCAGCCCGAGAUGGCCCAGUGCCUGCGCUGUCGGGAGCCCCCCCAGGCCUGAGCCGAGGCCCUGCCCUCACCCCACUGCCAGGCCCUGGCUCAGCCCUAGACUCUCAGUUCCUGCCUCCCCGCUCUCGGAAAAGGGACAGAACUGGGCCCGUACCCCUUCCUCUCUCCCUCCUUCCACCUGCCAAUGCCCCAGCCCCCAGCCCCAGUGGCAAGACCAAAGUGGAUGUGUGUGUGGGGGGGACAGGAGUCAGGCUGAAUGGGAAUCAACUGGUGGGGGGGAGUCCCUCGGUCCCCACUCUAUGGUCUGGGAGCACAAAUGUCCUUUCCAUGCAAUUCAUCUGUCCGUGUGGCAGGCUGGCUGGCUGGCUGGCUGGGGGCAUCUGCCUGUCUGUGUGCUGUCGGUGUGCCUAUGCCUGGGGGAGGUCAGCAGGGGCCCCCUCCCCACGUGGCCCUCGCUCUGUCUAUGCAGGAGCCCCAAAGCCCGCACUUUGUCCGUGUGUUCAAGCCCUGUGGUUUUUGUCUGCGUGUGUGUGUUUCUUGGUGCUGUGGCCUGUGUGUCUCUGUGCCUAUGUGGCUGUGCUAUGGUCUCUCUGAGUCUGCACCAUCCAUGUGUCCUUUCGGGGGUCUGUCUGUCCAUCCCUCUGUUGGUGCUGUGCCCUCGGCUAUCCCAGAGAGAGGGAGGACUCCGCUGCAGCUCCACCAAUAAACUUGUGUCUAACUGCACCUCUCAGCCCCUGUACUGAUUCCUCAGGAGCAGGAGAGGAAUCCCGAAGUCAGAGCGACCUUCCUUGCACAGUCCUCCCACUUCCUACCCAGCCCCUCCACCGUCUCUACCCUCAAAUAUCUGUCCUCGCGGAGGCUAAACCCCUCCAGUCCCUUUAUUCUCUCC